AUGUUUAAGAAAAGAGUGGUUAAGAGUAAUGGGGCAAAUAGUAUUAAGUCAACUGGUAUAGCGAGUAAGCGGAGUUUUUCAGUUGGGGAUGAAGAUAGUGAUGAUAUACAACCCAUAAUAAAGCGAGACGAUUCUAAUAUGUCAGAUCCAUUUAAAAAGCGACAAAAACUAGAGAAAGAUACUACAGAUCCUAUUGUAAUAGAUAAUAAAGUAAUAGCGAAUCAUACUGAAGCAAAUGUAGAGGAAGAGUCCAGAUCACAAAUAUAUAAGGAUCCUAUUGAGUCUAAAACUAAAUCAAAGAUAAAACCAUUACCUGCACAUAUAACAGUUACGACAUUAACUGAUUUCCAACCUGAUGUCUGUAAGGAUUUCAUGCAAACAGGUUACUGUGGAUAUGGAGAUACAUGUAAAUUUCUUCAUAUAAGAAAUGAAUCUAAAGCUACUAAAGUUAUUGAAAAAGAAUGGGAAACAGUAGGAGCAGGUGAGAGUAAACUGAAUUCAAAACCUGAACCUGAACACCAAGCAGAAAUAUUACCAUUUAAAUGUGUUUUAUGUAAGAAGGAUUAUCAAAAUCCUAUUAAGACUGAAUGUGGACAUAUAUAUUGUAAAAGUUGCUAUUUAACUAGAUAUAAGUCAGGUAAGGUAAAAUGUUUCAUAUGUUCAAAAGAUACUAAUGGAAUAAUUAUUCCUCUACUGAAAAGUCAAUUACAAAAAUUAAUCAAUUAG